AUGGAGGGCUCGAGGCUGGCUCCUUCCAGGAUAUACUGUGUACUGUUCUGCACCAUUAUCAAGGCCGUCAUCAGCACCGGCCUCGGCAAGUGCCCCGUCUACCCGCCGCUGCCAAACUUCGACAUUCAGCGGAUGAUAGGCACUUGGUACGAAGUGGAGAGAUCGUUCUACCUGGUGGAACUGACGGCGAGCUGCACGGAGCUUCACCUGACGCUCAACGAGAGGGGAUACUUCCUCAUCACUAUUAAUACGGUCAACAAAUGGACCAACAACCCAUCAACAACGUAUGGCAUCGGCAUCCCGAGCCACAACGCGUCGUCAAUCUUCCGCUACAAGCUGAACAACCGCGUGCCGUACGUCAUCGGGCGACUGCUGCCCGGCGCCGGCGUCUACAACAUCCUCUUCACAGACUACGACCAGUUCGCCAUCGUGUGGUCCUGUACCAGCGUCAGUAUUGCACAUUCAGAUCAUAUCUGGGUGCUGGGUCGGCGGCGUGAGAUCGAGGCUCCGGUGCGCGCGCAGAUAUACGCCAUCAUGGAGGAGCUGCGGCUCGACCCCGACAGACUCAUUAUAUCUAAGAACAACAACUGUACCAACAUCUCUGAUAAUAAAGUUUAG